GGCGCCUCCGCCGAGGCCUGCGCCAGCCGCGCGCGGCGGCAGCGACGCCGCGCGGGCCCUCCUGUGCCGUGCGCUGCUGGAGGCGUGCGCCGCAGGCGACGCGGAGCAAGUGGCGGGCCUGGCCACGUUGCCCGAGUGGCCAAUGCUGCUGCAGUGCAGGCACCCGGCGACGGGGAGGUCGCCGCUCCACGUGGCCGCGCGCCACGGCCGCGCGGAGCUGUGCAGCCUGCUCCUCAGGUGGCGCGCCGACGCGCACGCCGAGGAGCUCAACGGGGCCACGCCGCUGGCGCUGGCUGCUCUGCACAGGCACGCGGGAACGGCGAAGCUGCUCGUCGCCUGGCGUGCGGCGCCGGGGGCGACCGACUUCAGGGGGCGCAACGCUCUCCACCUCGCCUGCUGCGUCGGGGACCUCGACGUCUUGUGCCUGCUACACGCCGCCGCGCCCGAGGCCGUGCAUGCGGUUGACGAUGAGGGCCACACUGCUCUGCACUACGCCGUUGGAAGGCCCGGUACAGUCCGCAACGAGCAGGUGGUGGAGAAGCUCAUGGAGUGGCAGUGCGACCCGAGCCUCGAGGGCCAGGACGGCUUCUCGACCGUGCGGUUCGCCACUGAGACCAUCCGCGAUCCAGCCACGUCGAUGAUGCUCGCGGAGCACAGGGGCAGCCCCGCGGGGCAGACUGCGGCAGCGGCGGAUCCCCUGCUGGCGCCCCUCAGCGGGGGCGCGGGCCCCGAGGACGCAGCUGCUGCGAGCACCACCGCGGCAGAGCUGCACCGCCUGCGCGAGGCUUGGGCGGACCAGCAGGAGGCCAUCGCCCGUCUCGAGAGACAGCUUCGCGAGCGCGGGGACAGUGGCCAGGCAUCGGCGCGGGACGGAUCCGCCGCCGCCGAUUUUUCAUCGCAGCCGGAGCCAGCCGGCACCGCGGCUGUGGCCUCGGCACCAGCUGACCGCUCGAGUAGCACCGCGGCCGAAGCCAUAUCGGCCGCCGCACCUAGUGGCCCUUGCGGCGACAUGGUUCGGGCAGCAGCGGGAGAGCUGGCAGACAGCGUCUUGGCCACCACAACGGCGGCAGCGAGUGUGCCGGUGGACGCCCUGGUGGGAACGGCUGCGCGUGCGCCUGAGGUACCGUUGGCACUGGCGAGCGUCACCACGCCAGACGCGGCCGCGUUGGAACCAGCGAGCAUCACCCUGGCCCAUGCAGCAGUGGCGGCGAAAGUGCCAGCGGGAGGCCCUCUGGACGAGGUGGCACCGCCAGCGCCGCUGGGCACCAUCCCCACUCCCGAAGCGUCGGCGGCCACGGCGCCAGCGGGGAGCACUCUGGACGCAGCGGCAGCACCAGCGUCGGUGAGAAUUGCCACGGCCCCUGUUGUGGAGGCGGCGCGCGCGAAUGCGCUGGCGAGCAUCGAUUCGGAAAGCACCGUCGUGAAGGCGGUGAGUGCACCGACGAGCGGCACCCCGGACGCGCCCGCGUCGGCGCUGACGAGCACCGCCAUUCCUGAAGUGAGUGCGCCAGCCAGCAGCACCGCAGACGCGGCGUCGCUGGCGCUUGCGAGCACCACCCCCUAUCCUGCAGCGAAGGUGAGUGCGUCAAGUAUCACGCCCGACGUGGCGGCGCUGGCGCCGGCGAGCAUCACCUUGGCCCCCGCAGUAGAGGCGGCGAAAGCGCCAGUGGGAGAACCCCUGGACGCAGCGGCACCGCUGGAUCCAGUGGGCACCACCCCCGCCACAUCAGCAGCGGCGGCCACAGCGGCGAGCGCGCCAGCGGGCAGCGCCCUUGACGCAGCUGCAACGACAGCGCCGGCGAGCUCCACACCGGCCCCUGCGGUGGAGCUGGCGAGUGCGCUGGAGGGCACCACGCCAGACGCGACAUUGCUUGCGCUUGUGAGCACACUCCCAGCUUCUGCGGUGGAGGAGGCGAGUGCGCCACGGUCCAGCCCUGAUGCGGUGCUGGCGCAGGCGCCAGCGAGCACCACCCCGACCCCUGCGCCUGCGACGCCGGCAAGUGCACUGGUAGAUGGAAACGCAGCGGCCGCAGCGGAUGUGCCAGUGCCAGCGAGCACCACCGCAGCCCCUGCGGCGGCGGCGCCGCCAGUUGACCGCACCACAGGCUCGGUGGCGGCGGCGGCGACCGCGGCGGUAGCGGCGCGACGGUGGCGGGGCCGCGUUGCACCCGCCUCCCUGGUGGCGCUGAGCGUGAAGGAGCUAGGCGCCGAGCUCGACGACAUCCACAGCAAGCAUCCAUACAUAGUUGGUGCAGGACAGGAGCACCCGCUGCGGUGCUGGCUGGAGCGUGCGCGGGAAGCCGUCGGCAGGGGAGAGGCCGAGGCGGCGGGCGAGCUCCUGCAGAAGGUCCGCGACGGCAUCAGCAUAGAGGCCUCUCGCAUCCAGUGUGCCUUCGACCACUUCGACACGGACGGCUCGGGCACCGUUGACGCCAGCGAGUUUGGGCACAUGUGCGCCUGCCUGGGCCUGGACAACGACCUGAACGACGCCGACCUCGACGCCAAUGGCACCGUUAGCUUCAAGGAGCUGCAGCGGUUCGUCGGCGAGCGCGGCGGCUUGCAGCGGCUGCUCGCGCGGCGGCGCGGCGCGGUUGCGGCCGGGCGCGCGGGGGCCGACGGCGUGUUCGUGGGCGCGCGGGUACUCGCGGCGCACCCUGGCAGGACGUCAGGGGCAGCAUUCGGGCGUCGAGCAGUGGGGGGGCGAUGAGUCAAGGAAGGAAGAAGCAUCCCGACCCCCAUAACUAGCCCUGGGCGUUUACUGAACGGCCCUGUUCGUUUACUACACGGCCCUGUUCUGUUCGAUUCCUUCCUUAAGUACGUUUGCU